AUGGGGGAGCCGGGGGGCCCCGCGGGCGGCGCGCGGCGCGGCCGACGCGGGGUGCGGGGGCUGCCGCGGGCCGCCUCGGCGCUGGGGGCCACCGGCCUGCUGUGCACCGCGCUGGCCGCCUACGCCUGCUGGGGGCAGCUGCCGCCGCUGCCCUGGGCCGCCCCGACCCCGCCGCGGGCGGUGGGCGUGCUGCUGUGGUGGGAGCCCUUCGCGGGGCCCCGCAGCGCCACCCGGCCGCCCCCCGACUGCUGGCUGCGCUUCAACAUCAGCGGCUGCCGCCUGCUCACCGACCGGGCCGCCUACUGGGAAGCCCAGGCUGUGCUUUUCCACCACCGGGACCUGGUGAAGGGGCCCCUGGACUGGCCCCCGCCGCCCUGGGGCGCCCGGGUGCGCUCAGCGGAGGAGCUGGCGCUGCGGGUGUUGAACGAGGAGGCGGAGGAGGAAACCGUGGACGCCUCGGGCCACAGGCCCCCGGGCCAGCGCUGGGUGUGGAUGAACUUCGAGUCGCCCUCGCACUCCCCGGGGCUGCGGAGCCUGGCAGGGAACCUCUUCAACUGGACGCUGUCCUACCGGGCCGACUCGGACAUCUUCGUGCCUUACGGCUACCUCUACCCCAGGACGCAUCCCAGCGACCAGCCGCCCGGCCCGGCCCCCACGCUGGCCCGGAAGCGGGGGCUGGUAGCCUGGGUGGUGAGCAACUGGGACGAGCGCCAGGCGCGGGUGCGCUACUUCCACCAGCUGAGCCAGCACGUGCCCGUGGACGUGUUCGGUAAAGGUGGGAGCCGGCGGCCGGUGCCCGACGCCGGGCUUCUGCACACGGUGGCCCGUUACAAGUUCUACCUGGCCUUCGAGAACUCGCAGCACCUGGACUACAUCACGGAGAAGCUCUGGCGCAACUCGCUGCUGGCCGGCACCGUGCCGGUGGUGCUGGGCCCCGACCGUGCAAACUACGAGCGCUUUCUGCCCCGCGGUGCCUUCAUCCACGUGGACGACUUCCCCAGUGCCUCCUCCCUGGCCGCCUACCUGCUCUUCCUGGACCGAAACCCGGCCGCCUACCGCCGCUACUUCCACUGGCGACGGCGCUACGCCGUGCACAUCACCUCCUUCUGGGACGAGCCCUGGUGCCGGACCUGCGAGGCGGUGCAGAGGGCCGGCGACCGGCCCCAGAGCAAACGCAACCUGGCCCGCUGGUUUGAGCGGUGA